AUGAGUGAUUCGGAGACAAUCAAAGUGAAUUUGUACCAAGGGGGUUUGGUAGAGUAUAAAGAUAAAACUUUCACCUAUAAUGGAGGAUCCGUGAAAGAGGGGAUAGUUAUUGAUCUAGAUUUUAUGACUUGGUCCAUGUUUGAUGCAUUUUGUGAGGACAACAAACUUGGUGGAGGUUUGGUGGAACACACAUGGUACAAACUUCCGCAGGAGGAUAUAGGUUUGGUAAGGCCAAUUUUUGAGCGCACCUCAGAUGAAGAGAUCCAUAAAAUGUGUAUGCUAGCUAAGACAGUAGGUGGAGUUAAUAUUUUCAUUGAGAAAUCUGUAUUGGCUAGUGGUGAGAAUGAAGGAGCUAAAGACGAAGGCGAAGAGUGUGAUGAUAAUGCUCCCGAGAAUGCAGAUGGGAAUCAAGCAGAAGGAGAAGAAGUUGUAGAAGACGGAAAAUAUGAUAUUCGAUUUCAGGCAUUUAGAGAUGAGCUCGGAAAAUAA